UCUACCAUUUUUCCAAUAAAUCUUGAUGAAUAAAAACACGUGGCACGUUGUCAGAAUUUGGGAACGAUGAUCAAGGUUUUCAACACAGAGAAAUGCAAUUUCUUUGUUCGUUCUUGUGGUCCGACUCCCACUUAGCUCUCUCGAAGUCGCAAUCGUAUGCAUUCUCGUUGCCUUGAUCGAGUAGUUUUUUCCACUGUACAAACAUCGACGGUGCUGUCAUGUGGGCGGAGAUUCUCUGCGGUUUCUUAGCAUUUAGAGUGCUCAGGCGAUUCUUUUUUCCAAGGGAUGAAAUGGAGAUCGAGACCAUUGAUUCUAAUGCUCUAUUCGCCGUUGCUUCUAGACUAGAGAAGCUUUAUGGUGGAAAGAUUUUUGUCGGACUUCGAAUUCCAGAUGCUGACACUGGUUUGCGACAGAGUAUUGAUAUGGUGCUUGUAACCAAAGGGGAAGCAGUGGUGAUAUGUGUCAAAAAUCUUUCAGGUUUUGUUUCCAUGAGUGCUGAUGGAAGCUGGAUCUGUGAAGGUGAUGGUAGACAAAAGUCAGCGAUUCUGCCUGAUCCAGUUGCUGAGACACGAAGAUGGGUUUUAAUUCUUGAAUCAUACUUUGAGCGGAGAGGAGUUGUGCUGCCAGAAGGAUAUUUAUCAUGGAAAGUUCUCCUUCCCAACCCAAAAUUCCGAACGCUCCAUUCAAACUAUUUUCCUUCUGAAGUUGUCACGUAUGAUCAAUGGAAACUUUUGAAACCAGAACCAAAAAGCAUGUUCUCUGGUUGGAUAAAGAGUGCUUGGCGUGGAGGGAAAAAAGAAAUGCAGGAAUCCAUGGAUCAGAAGCUAAAUUUUGUCCUCAACACUGCACCCAUGUGGGAUAGGUUGGUGAUUAACGGAAAUAACGUUGUUCUGGGAGAAUUCUUGGAGUUCAAAGCCAAAAAGGAAGAUAUGCUGGCUUUGAGAGAGAUUAGAAGAUCAAAAGUUAGUUGCAUACUCAUCCAGAAGAUCAGAAGGAUCGGAUUUGCCUCUUCAAGAGUUCGAGUUUUAUACUCUACUAGGGAUUGUCGAAAUGAUGGGGCAUCUGCUUCUGAUUGCAAGGAAGUAACAGUAGGAUCCAGUACAAUGGUAGUAUUUCAGAUGGAAUAUUCUUCUAAAGUUCGAAAAAUCAACAUCUCUUCUAUUGUGUCUCUAUCACUGAGCGCCUGAACACUAUUGCUACAUUUUAAUUUCGAUCAUGACUCUACCAAGAUUUGUUUGAGUUAAGAAGAGCAUAUGUUAUACUUCCUUUUUGUUUCUUGCUAUCUAACUAUAUAUCUGUAUAUAUUUUGGUCAUUCAUCCUUCUUCAAUAUGUAAAUGUUUUUGAAACUCAACUGGUAUCAGUAUGUACCGAAUUCAGAUUUUUCCAUCCAUCUGUACUACCAAAAAAAAAAAAAAAAGAAGCUUUUGGAACAGUGUACAUAUGAUUUUAUAGAUAUUGUGGUCAUUUGUGAUCUUGAUAAUAUAUAUUUGAUUUAUGUA